GAGUACUUUGCUGAAUCAACAAGAUUUCGAGUGAAGUAGCUAAAGGCUCAACUCAAGGCCAUCAAGAAACAAAGUCAAAGCCCCACUGAUUAGGUUUUCAAAAUAAAAAAUAUUGCUGAUUCAUUAGCUGCACUAGGAUCUCCUUUAACCACAGAAGAACACAAAUAAGCUCUUCUUGAAGGAUUGAGUAAAGAAUAUCAAAUGAUUUUCACUACAACCAAUACAAAACCAGAAUUAUACAGUCUAUGUGAAGUGAAAACCAUCAUCAUGUCUUAUGAUGAUAUGCUGGACAAGUUUCGCAGAUCUACAAAUUCUAUGGUACAAGCUAAUUUCACCCAAUCCUCUUUUCCAUCAAUUGCUAAUACUGGCAGAGGUUUUGGAGGUCGAAGAGGUCGUGGUGGUAGAUCACAAAGGGAUGGCCGAUCUUUUUAUUCCUCACCAAGGCCACAAUGCCAAAUUUGUGGACGCUUUGUCCACAUUGCUUGGCAUUGUUUCAAUCGUUUUGAUCAGAAUAUUCCUCCACCAUCACAAACCUUCCAAGAAAAUCAACCUGGACAAUUUUCAAAUGCUACAAAUACUAAUUCUUCUACAACUAAUCAGAAUUUAGCCACCACACCACUACCACCACCUCCCCCAUCAUUCCAUAAUCCUACAACAUACAUAGCAGCCCCAAGAACUAUUGCAGAUCCUUCUUGGUAUCCAGAUACAGGGACUUCUCAUCACAUUACACAAGACUCAUCGAAUUUUAUUUUCUCUUCAGAUUACACUGGUCCUGACAAAAUACAAAUUGGUAAUGGUGCAGUGGACUGAUAAGGUGCUGUUAUAAGGGUAUAGAAAAGGAGGAAUCUACAAAUUCUAUAAUGUUGCUGCCCCUAACACAUCUUCUAUUUUACAAAUAUCAUGCGUCUUUACUGCUUCUAGGAUUUCUUUAGACUUGUGGCAUAAAAGAAUGGGCCACACAGCCAUGAAAACUGUAAUUUCUGCUCUUUCAAAUUGUAAUUCUGACUUGGUUCAUAAUAAAGAAAAGUUGAAUUCA